AUGGGAAACGAGAUAUGCAUUCUGCAUUUCAACGAUGUCUACCACGUCAACGACGUCGAUCUCAUAUCUCGCUUCGCAGGCUUGAUCAGAUCGUUCGAACCCAGGCCACUGCUAAUCUUCAGCGGCGAUGUCUUCUCGCCUUCCUUGGAGGCCUCCCUCCUGAAAGGAGAACACAUGAUCCCAUUCUUGAACUACCUCAAUGUUGAUGUAGCCUGUUACGGGAACCAUGACUUCGAUUUUGGGGAAACGAGACUCGUAGAACUGUCACGCAAAGUGUACUUUCCCUGGGUCCUGUCCAACGCAACUAGAGUGACUGAGGACGGCGAAGUUUCGAGCGAGCCUCUUGCCUGUGGUGAGCGGUAUGUCAUCAGGACAGUGCAAGGGUACAAGCUCGGAUUUAUUGGCUUGGCUGGGACAGAUUGGCCGUCAAACUGCCAGAACUUACCCUCGUCGCACAUAUUGGACCCCGCCAUGGUGGCUCAAGAGCUUGCCAGACACCUGCGUCUCAACGAGGGUUGUGAUUUUGUGAUCGCUAUCUCUCACUCGCGACUCGCCGAGGAUAUCGGGACAGCAAAUGCUGCUGCACAUGGAGUCGCCAAAGUUGAUCUGAUCCUCGGGGGUCACGAUCACGAGGUCCUCCAUCGCUUCCAUGGGGACACAGAAGAGGACUCGGAGAUAAUCCAGCAGGGCACGAGAAACGAGGAGAUAUUGUCCAAUGGCGUAGUUGACCAGGUAGCCGGAGACAUUCGCAUCGUCAAAAGCGGGACAAACUGGCGAGGCUUAUCCGUUGUCCGUUUAAUCGCAAAGAGACUUUCAGACGGAAGAGCCACAAUAGAAACCGUCAAACUCAAGCAAUACGUCGACAUCACGCAGAGCUCAGAAUGCAGCUCACUCUCAGUCUGCCCUCGUAUAUGCAAAAUGGCCGCGGAGAUCCAGCAGCGUGCUGGCAGCGUAGUCCAGAAGCCACUCGUGCACACGACAACACCGCUCGACGGCCGCUGCAGUGUGAUUCGCAGCUCAGAGACGAACCUAGGCAAUAUGCUCGCAGACGCCUAUCGUGCCUACUACGGCGCCGACAUUGCACUCGUUAACAGCGGUUCAAUCAGAUGUGACCGGGUCAUCGAGCCAGUAUCAUCACCGCUCCGUGUCAAGGACAUCAUCGAAAUCUGCCCCUUCGAGAACCCACUGGUCGUCAAACGAGUCAGUGGACACGCCCUCCACGGAGCACUCGAAAACUCCGUCUCUGACCUCCACGUUGACGGACGAUUCAUGCAAUGUUCAGGCCUGCACAUCGUCGCAGACUGGCAGCAACAAGAAGGCCGCAGGAUCCUGCAACUGUCUCUCAUGCAAUCACCCUCCAUGCCAGCGAAGCAGAUUGUCCCAUCGCAGAUAUACACCGUCGUGACGUCGUCGUUUAUUGCGGCAGGGUUUGACGGAUAUACCUGUUUUCAGAGCGCAGAGACACUUGUCGACAAGGAGACGGCUCUGACGGAUACCGGGUUACUCUUGCAAAUCUUUGGGUAUGAUAAGGAGGGUUUGAAUGAUGGCGAUACCACCGGCAUAGAUAGAGCUCGGAGGGCUAUCGUCUGUGGGAUGCAUGGGCUGGACAAUUUGCCAAUUGUGAGUCCAGUCGUUGAGGGGAGGAUUAGAUUCGUCACUUAG